AGAUUGACAGAAAGCCUCAUACGCCGAGGUAAGCACCGUUUUUGGCGGGAACCUUUAUGAUUCACAGAAACGCUGAUACGCCGAGGUAAGCGCCGUUCUUGGCGGGAACCUGUAUGAUUGGUAAUUCUCAGGGUUGCACGCUGUGGCUUGGGCUUUUGGACAACAGCACCACGAUGACUGAAGGAUCGUUGGCUUCGCGGUCCAGCUCUUCCCCCCGUCACCUUGAGGAAGGAGAGUACUUUGUUGAGAGGCGAUCCCCUCUGGUGUUCAUAAUGUUGAAUGCAGCGAAGCAGGCGGAGGCCUUAAAAAAUCAAGGAAAUGAGUACUAUAUGAAACAGAAGUUUGGGGCCGCGAUCGAUAUGUACACAGAGGCGAUCGCGCUGUGCCCGAAAGUCCCCGUAUACUGGACGAACAGGGCUGCGUGUCAUCGGAAGCGUAAUGAAUGGGUGGAAGUGGAAGAGGACUGCCGAACGGCUUUGCAGCUGGACAAGGAAUCAGUGAAGGCUCAUUUCAUGCUUGGCUUGGCACUGUUGCGGCGCAAGGAAUCGGCGAGGGGGGUAUGCGAGUUGGAAAAGGCGCUGGACCUUGCUCGAGGUGGGAGUAACGGUAUCGGAAUGGCUGAGGAGAUAUGGCAGGAGCUGUCGAAGGUAAGGUUCACGCUGUGGAAAGCGGAGGGCGAAGAACGAGGGCAACGCGUCAGAGAUCUUCAUCUUCAGUGCGAACGGCUUUUGAAGGAGGAUUCCGAUCGUGCGUGUCACAUGGUUUCGUCGAGUGGUGGCAGGGUGCCGAACCUGUCGUCUGGGUCCAGUCCGGUUCACGGAGGGGUGUUCCGGAAUGGGUUCAGCCAGUGGCUUGGCAUCGGGAAGGGGAUGGCGGAAGUCGACUCAUGUGGCGAUCCGGAUUGCCAAGCAGGUAUCCCAACUGGGCAGGAGUCUGGGAGCAAGGACGAGCACAACGUGGAGAAGUUGCGGCGAAUUAAGGAGGAGACGAACGCGCGCCUUGCGCUUUUGAAAGACGUGUUCUCGGUUGCCGAGCAGAGGGAUUGCCCCGGAGAGGUACCUGAUCAUUUGUGCUGCAAGCUGACAAUGGAGAUCUUUAGAGAUCCGGUCAUCACGCCGUCAGGAAUAACGUACGAGAGGGCGUCAUUGCUAGAACACCUGCGGAAAGUCGGCAAGUUCGACCCAGUGACAAGGGCCACUUUGCAUGCGGAGCAGCUUGUACCGAACCUUGCACUGAAGGAGUCUGUGCAGUUGUAUCUUGCCGAUCAUGGAUGGGCAUACAAACUAUGAGGAAAUCGGCAGAAAUGAAGGAGAGAGGGAACGGGAUAUGUCCAGGGGGAAAAGGGCGGGGGGAAGCAGGAGGGAGUAAGGCUAUAGAGGCGUGGAGAAAGAAUAGGAUAGAUUAGGAGACUAGGCGGUGGAGCAGGGAAGGCGGGUGAGGUUCUGUGGUGUGUAUUGGUUCCAUGCAAAUGGGAUUAUGGGAGAAGGUAUGGGAGACUGUGCACGUGAAGUGGAGAGGAAAAGUGACGUGUUUGUGCAUGCAAUAGACAUGCAUAGGUAGGGAGAUACAUUGAGAGAGA